CAUCUCUCUCCCCUCUGUAUCUGUUCCUCUCUCUGACCUUGCAACCCCAAGUUUUCUGCAACCUCUUCCGACCCUUGCAAUGGCCGUUCAUGUCUUCCUCCUGUGGCUCGUCAGCAUCCCCCUCCUUGUCCAUGCCGUUCAUCCGCCACCUAGAGGCUUCCUGCUGAACUGCGGCUCAUCGGAGGAGGUAAAACACGGUGCUUUGAAAUUCGUUCCCGACGACAGCUUCGUCUUCGUCGGAAACAAAUCAACCAUCAAAGAACCAGAUGUAGAUCCUAUAUUGUCCACAUUGAGAUAUUUCCCGGACAAUUCGUCGAGAAAACACUGUUACGUGUUUCCUGCGAUAAAAGAGGGCAAGUUUCUCAUCAGAACUACGUAUUACUACGGAGGCUUCGACGGCGGGAAGGAGCCGCCGGUGUUCGAUCAGAUCAUCGACGGCACCAAGUGGAGCACCGUCAACACCACCGAGGACUACGCGAACGGGCUCAGCUCGUACUACGAGAUCAUCGUCACCGCCCACGCCAAGACGCUGAGCUUGUGCCUGGCUCGAAACGGAAACACGAUUUCGAGCCCUUUCAUCUCCGCCGUUGAGGUUUAUGCUCUAGAAAACUCGCUCUAUAACGCCACUGAUUUUGUCUCCUAUGGACUGGCCACUGUCGCUAGAAAUAGCUUUGGCUAUGGCGGGGAUCCCAUCAGUUUCCCGGACGACCAAUUCAACCGCCUCUGGCAACCGUUCAAGGACGAGAAUCCGGUUGUUUCAACCCGAAGCAACAUAACUUCGGCAGAAUUUUGGAACAUGCCGCCGGAAAAAGCCCUGACGAGUGCUCUCACAAACAGCAGGGGGAAGACGUUGACGAUCAAGUGGCCGCCAUUCCCGCUGCCGCAAAGCAACUACUACAUUGCGCUCUACUUCCAGGACAACCGGAACCCCGGCCCCUACAGCUGGAGAGUUUUCAACGUCGCUGUGAACGGAAAGGAGUUCUAUAGAGAGCUCAACGUCUCUGCAUCAGGCGUCACUGUUUAUUCACCACAGUGGCCGUUAUCCGGCCAAACUGAGAUUGUGCUGACUCCGGUGAGUGAUGCCUCGGUUGGGCCGGUGAUCAACGCCGGGGAGAUCUUCCAGAUUAUGCGGGUGCAAGGAAGGACUCUCACCAGAGAUGUGAUGGCUUUGGAACAAAUAUCAAGAGGCUUUAACUACCCACCUUCAGAUUGGCAUGGCGAUCCCUGUCUGCCCAAGAAGUUGCAAUGGACCGGACUUGAAUGUUCUUAUCGUGGAAAAUAUGCCCGAGUUAUUGCUCUAAAUCUGACGGGCGUCGGUGUAGGCGGGCAGCUCUCAGGAAGCAUAGAUGAUUUAACGGCAAUUCGGAGCAUUUGGCUCGGGGGCAAUAAAAUCAAAGGCUUAUUCCCAAAUAUGACCGCCUUGAAGUCUCUUGAAUCUCUGCAUCUCGACAAUAACCAGCUUCAAGGACAAAUCCCCAAGUCUCUUGAGCAACUUCCUCGACUUCGCGAAUUGUUUGUUCAAGGAAACAACCUAGAAGGAACGAUACCCACGCACUUGGGUAUGAGGACGGGCAUGAACCUUCAGUAUUCCCCUGGAAAUGAAAAGUUGAUUUAUGUUAAAAUUAUGGAUCAGACGCAGGCUGGAUGAUACUGGAGAAGAGUACUAUUGCAGGGAGUUGGGAGAGAGAGAGAGAGAGAGAGAGAGAGAUCCAAUCUACCUUCUGAAUUGGGACAGGACUGUAAGGAAGUGGUGUAUGAAUGGACUGGGAAGUGUCGAAGUUGCCAAGGAUCAGGAUUUGUCAGUUAUUAUAAUAAAAGAGGGAAGGAGGUUGUCUGCAAAUGCAUACCUUGCCUUGGAAUUGGU